AUGGUUUGUAUUGGACGUCCCAAUCGUAUUCACAAUCUGCCCCCAAAUGUUAUUAGAAACAACAAAUAUAACAUCCUCACUUUUAUUCCCCUUGUGCUUUUUGAGCAAUUCAGCGUUUUCCUUAACCUGAUUUUCCUCAUCAUGGCUUGCUCACAGUUCAUCGAACCGCUUCGAGUUGGCUACAUCUAUACUUAUUGGGCACCUCUUUGCUUUGUAAUCUUCAUUACUAUGCUCAGGGAAGCUGUUGACGACAUACGUCGGUGGUGUCGUGAUAGGGAGGUUAACAAUGCUCUCUACACAAAAAUCGUUCGAAAGGGACAGAUGACUCUUACAAGUUCUAAGAUACAGGUAUAUUAG